AAUUUAUAAAAAUUAAGAAUGAAAACGUAAUUUUGUUAUAAUAGUUUUUAAUUUAAGAAAAAAAAAAUAAAAGAAAAAUAUUUCCGUUUAGUCUGGGUUCGUGUUGUGAGUGAUUGUGGAAUUUUGUGUUUUAUGGUUAAAUUCUAGAUAAUUUUUUUUUUUGUUUUGGUGAAAGUUUCAUGGUCAUUUUUUGUCUGGUUGAAAAGUUAGAAAUAUAAUAAAGAAAAAAAAAAUUAUAUAAGAGUCCCAAAAAAAAAAAAAAAUUGAAAAAUAUGUUACAACCUUGAUUGUUAAAAAAAAAAAUAGAAAUAAUUGUCCUUGGAAAUGUGUGUUAACAUUUCAGUUGAAUAGAAUAGAUUGUAACCCCACACCUCAAAAUAUCCCCCACACAUUUUUUGUGUGUGGGAAGGAAUAAAAAAAAAAAAUAUAUCCCCUCAUAAGGACAACACACGUCUAUAUUGCAGUUUUUUUCAUCCAUCAACUUUGCGGACAAAUAUCGGUCGUCUUUUUGAAGGUUUUUCACUCUACAAUGCGGAUUAAGAUUGGAAAUUUUCCUGAGUGCUUCGUCAGUGCUUUUCACUAUAACAUUCUACUAUAUUGAAUCACCCAACUAGACACACUAUUAAGAGUCUGUCCAUCACACCAGAAGUGUGAAUUUUCUAUCAAAAGGGACAACAAGCUACAUACACAACAGCCCAUCAGCCAACUUGUGCAUAGAAAAGAAUCCUCAAAUAUCCUUUCAAUUGAAAGGAUCAAACGGCCAGAAACUGGAAAUGAAUUACCACCACUGCAAAGGAGCAGCAUCUUCAAAAGUGUCAUCGAAAGGACUCGAAGUAGUAGCAGUAGUUGUUAUUGUGUGUCACAGCUGUAGUAGAACGAAUUGUAGUUGUUGUAGUUGGGACCGCAAUAAAUUUGCGUUGAAACAAAUUGACCGAAACAGACAAUCUGAAGAAGACAAGUCCUUACUCUAUCUACUACGCCAACAAGCAAUUCAUAGGGAUAACAAUUGUUGCCGAAUAGCCAACGGACGACGCAACGUGUCGUCGUGUCUUCAAACAAAUAACAUAAAUGAUUGGCAAGUUCCGUGCUGCUGUUGUUGAUGAGAGUAUCCUUUUUUGCAUGGGCCAUUACUUACAGGCCAACGACGAAAGCGAAGAAGAAGGCUCUUCUUCUUGUACAAUCAACUUUCAUCAGCGUUACACCGUUACAAGUAAAAGUAACAACUCGUUUGUAUUAGUUAAGUUCAGUUUAACUUCAAACACACAUCAUCGACUUUAUCAUCAUCGUCAAAGCAUAAUAAUUCACCUAAUCGUCGGAGUCCUCGUCGUCGUCCUAACAACAAAAAGGACUUUUCUAAUUAUAAGGCUUUGGCAGGAGGAAAAAAAUCGCCUUAGACGAUUAGUUCAAAGGAGCAAAGUCAUUUCAGGAACCAUCACUCACAGACAAAAAGCAUCACCACUACUUCCAUCACUACUGGAACUUUCUUGUUGUUGUUGUCAUCGUGGGCAUCGUUCGUGUCAGCUGUGACAAAAGUUUUUGGUUGCUUUUGCUUUUGGUCGUGCUCGUGCUAUUUCUGUUGCUGACAAGUAUCGGCGAACAAUGAAGUUCAGGUCAAGUUGCUGUUGCUGGUUAACGUUGCUGUUAGUUGGAUCAAAUAUAAUUUCCGUUUCACCAAACAGCUCAACAACUGGCACAACAACAUUUCAAAAGCAUCGCAAACAAUCAAUUUACAUUCAAAAUUCUGGAAGUAGUAGUACAGGUCUCCUACCAACAGCAGCCACAAAUAACUUUGAGUCCUUAGAAAAUUACCACUUUGCUUCAGCUACAAUGCCACCAGAACCUGUGCCUCUGUCACAACAUCAAUAUCAACAACAACUUCAACUACAACAGCAACAACAACAACAUAUACCUGACAGUAUGGCAACGACGUCAGUGUACCAAAUGGUAACAUUCAUAACAACACCUCCACCAUCUUCAAUAUCGAGAAAAACAUCCUCAUCAUUGCCAUCAUCAUCAUCGUCAUCAUUAGCAGCAUUGUCCUCAUCAUCAUCAUCAUCAUCGUCAUCCACAAUGUCAACUAAAGCAACAGCAUCAGCAACAUCUGUGGAAAUAAAUUCCAAUGCAAUCACAAGAAGGAGAAGAGAAAUUUCAACCAGUAUGAGUGAUGAUGAGAGUAGUAGUAGUUUGUUUGCUGGAAGUUCUUCUUCUUCUUCUUCUUCAUCGUCGUCUGCUUUAGCUGUGACCGGAGCAAUGGUGCAUCAUCAUUAUCCGGUACGAAACACGACUGAAUCAUAUCCUAGCAUGUUCUUCCAAAUGAAUGCACCUCCAAAGGAGCAACACCAGCAACAGCACCAAUAUCGAAGGCAAAUAUCAAAUAAGCGUUCGAAACGUGAUGAAGAAAUGAACGACGAUGCUGGCAUGGAUAAGUGCCUUUCAUUUGUCGAGGGCGAUCCCGAACAGAGUUUACUUUUUAGUCCGGACUAUCCAAAUGAUUAUCCAAAAAAUAUCAACUGUACUAGAAUAAUUGAGGCUCCCAAAGGACAACUGAUACGAUUGGAUUUUCGGAAUUCAUUCAACAUUGAAGAUAAAGAAGAUUGUAAAUUUGAUUACCUCGAGAUACGUGACGGGCCCUAUGGGUUUUCGAAUUUAAUUGGAAGGUUUUGCGGUGAGGACUUUCCACCAAUGAUAACAUCAAAAGAACGACAUCUCUGGCUUCAUUUUCAUUCAGACGAAAGCAUUGAAUAUUCCGGAUUUACUGCUGUCUAUGAAUUCAUCGAUCGACCAAAAGAGGCUAUCAGCACAGAACUGAAUUGUACAUUGGAAAAAGAUGGCUAUGAAGGAUUCAUAAAUUCAACAGAUGUUCCAGCAUACGUGCAAUCGAAUGUCACCAAAUACAAAAUUCCUCUCGAUUGUAUGUGGAUCAUAAAGGUGAAGGAGAAUUGGAAGAUUCAAAUUAAAUUCAUUCACUUUAGUUUAAAUAAACCCAACGAUUGUGAAAUAAAUUUUAUUGAUAUAUUCGCUGAAGAUACAAAUAUACCAUCUAGGGUAAAAAACUUUUGCGGUUCUACGGGAGAGCCUGUGUCAUCUGAAUCGAAUAUCUUACACAUUCGGUUUUUUGCAGAAUACAUAGCUAUGAAUUCGUCGUUUAAUAUUUUAUAUACAGCAUUCAGGGAUAAAGGAACUGGUGCUUGUGUGAAGGAUGAAGAGUAUGAUUGUGAGGAUGCAACAUGCAUAGCUGCUAAUUUACAAUGCAACGGGCGAACAAAUUGCAAAUUUCGUUGGGAUGAAGAAGGUUGUGAGAGUCAAGUUGUUGGACAGUCGGAGCAUGUUAUCAUCAUAAUCGUUGUAUUCGGAUUAAUUCUGGGCGGCAUGAUUGUGACAUUCCUUGUGAAUUGUGUGCGCAAAAUUAUGAGGGAUCAAAAGAUCAUCAGGGAACAUAUUCGACAAUCGAAAGAAAGUAAAUUGGAUGAAAUGGGUCGUUCACGGUCACGUUCAAAACAGCGGUCGAGAGAUAAUGUAUCGGGAGUUUUGUCACCAAGACAAAAACACUCACAGACUUCACUUCAAAUCCUUGAUGAUGUUUCUCAACGAUAUUACCGAGAGGCAGUACCAAUUUCGGUGCAGACUGGCAAAACCGACCUAAAAGACCACAGUAUCCUUCGUCAUCAUCACGAUAUGGUUGUGCAAACGAGCCUUUGCGAUGAUUCAUCCAGCACUCCUGACCGUGGCAUCAUCACUGGCGUUGGUAGUGGUAACGUCUGUGAUAUGGGUUGCCAGACACGCGAGUCACUAUUUCAACCACUAGCGAGGCAGAAAUCAAUAACGUCCUCAUCGCCGAAUCAGUCCACGGCAGCUGCCAUCCGCUUUUCAACAUUCGGCUACGAUAUCCCACCACCACCACAACAGAAAUCUGCCACCUUAUCCCGACAGAGCUCUAUAAAUAAUCACCCCGAGAGCAUCGAACUGGAAGAACGGUUACGAACCGCUUCCCAUAACUCACAGCAUCAUUACAGUCACAGCCAUGGUCAUAUGUAUAGUGGCAGCUCUGGUGAUCCUACCCAGGCGCCAACAAUGCGUCCGCCCCAAGAAAUGUGCCAUCAUCAUCAUCAGCACCAACAGCACUUGCAGAAGCAUCAAAUGCAGCAGCUGCCUGCCUCAAAUACCGGAACGAUAGGCGGCAGUCAUCACCAUUCACACCAGGCGCCUCCACCAUCUACUACCAAGACGGGUGGUGGCAACACUGGCGGUGGAGGAGGUGGUGGCAAACACCACAAACUCGACGAAACAUCGAAGGUUUUCAUUGACAUCAGAAACUCAGCACCGGAUGUGAUAAUCAUGACGUCCCAUUGACAAUUAAGGAAACAUCAACAAUUUUCUUGUGGUCAUUGUAGAUGUCGCUGUUUAGCAGAUAAACUUGUAACUGACCCGUUUUUGAUGAGAAGGACGACUUUAUUGACUGCUCAUCUAGUAAAUGCAUCAAUUGACCUCAUCGCAAGGUGGUACACUAAGGUUGUGAUGCUAAUGCAAAAGGUCCCGUUUGUUUAUUCAUCAUUAACAAACUCAUCAACAAAGACGACGACAUUAUUCUGGAUGAAGUUACGUUACUUAACAAAGUUCAAUAUAGCAUAGCAUCAGUUAGGUAUUGCAAAUGAUGGUUCUGUCACACAAUUGACACAAGACCGGGCGCCAUUUUGCUUAUAUGUCACAUUUUAUUGAAAAGCUAUAUCUUAAACUUGUGGUGGCACCUUUUUGCACAUGGAAUAGCAACAAUUUCAGGGUCAUUAGAAAGGCCAAACAGUGUAAAUAUUUUGUAUGUGUGUGUGUGUAUUUAUAUUAAGUAUAUAUAUAAAAUAUGUUAGGUCAAUAAAUUCGAGAGUGCAUGCGAUGAUGAUGUAAAAAUGAUGGAAAUAGAUGAUAAUCAAUAACUAUACUGAUGUAUGUGUGUCUGAUGUAAGUGUAUUUAUCAUCAUAAUAAAAAAAAAGCUUACUCUGUAUAGUUAACAUUUGUAAUCUCUUGACGAUUUUAGAUAGGCAUUUACAGUU